AUGGUAUUUAUUAAACGAAUAAGUCUUAAAGGAUUUAAAAGUUAUCAAGAACAACUUAAUUUUGAUGAAUUUGAUCCACAUUAUAAUGUUGUUAUUGGAAGAAAUGGAUCAGGAAAGUCAAAUUUUUAUGAUGCAAUCCAAUUUGUAUUAUGUGAUGAAAAAUUUGGAAAUUUAAGAGCAGGUGAUAGACAAUUUUUAUUGUAUGAAGGAAAUGGAGAAAGUGUGGUUAGUGCAUUUGUAGAAGUAGUAUUUGAUAAUAGGGAUAGAAGAUUUAUGAUUGAAAGAGAUGAAGUAUCAGUUAAAAGAUGUAUUGGACUACAAAAAGAUGAAUAUUUCUUAAAUGAUAAAAGAUCAAAGAAAGAAGAAGUAAUGAAUUUAUUAGAAAGUGCAGGUUUUAGUAGAAGUAAUCCAUAUUACAUUGUUCAACAAAAUCGAGUAAAUUCACUUGCUAUGAUGAAAGAUAGUGAAAGACUAGAUUUACUUCGAGAGAUUGCAGGAACACGAGUAUAUGAUGAACGAAGAGAAGAAAGUUUUAAAAUGUUAAAAGAAAAUAGAAAUAAAAUAGAACAGAUUGAAGAAGUUAUGAAUUAUAUUAAAGAACGAUUAACAGAACUUCAAGAAGAACAAGAAGAAUUAAAUAGAUAUGAAGAAUUAGAUAAGAAAAGAAGAGGAAUUGAAUAUUCAAUUACACAAACGAAAAUAGAAGAAAUUGAGAAAGAAUUAGAAGCAAAUACAAAAGAAAGAAGAGAAGAAAGUCAUGUAAUGGAAGAAGAUAAAGAAGAAGAAAUUAAAGAAGUUAAAAGAAGAAGAAGAGUACUUAAAGAAGAAGUAAAUACAUUAGAACAAAAGAGAGUCAUUAUAAGUAAUCAAGCACAAGAAGCAGAACGAUUAAAGGUAGAAGGAGAAAUUAGACAAGAAGGAAGACAAGAAAUAAAAGAAAUGAAAGAAGAAAUGGAAAAAGCCAAAAACCGAAGUGAAGAAAUUAAAGAAGAAAUUAAUAAAAUGAAUCAAGAAGAAAAAGAAAUUAAUGAUAAAUUAUUAGAAAGAAGAAGACAAGAAGCAGAAGCACAAGCAAGUGUUGAUGAAUUUUAUAAUAAAAUAGGAAGAAAAGCAAAAUAUUCAAGUGAUGAAGAAUAUAAAGAAGCUAUUGAAGAAGAAAUUAAAGAAGUAGAAAUGUUUGUUGAAAAGAAAGAAAAAGAAAAAAAAGAAUUACAAAAAGAAGUUGAAGAAAUGAAGAAAAUUAAUGGAAGUCAAAUAAAUACACAAGAAAUUCAUGAAGUUUUCAUUGGUAAAAUCAAAAUGGAGGAGUUAAGAAAGAGGAAAGAAGAAAUUGGGAUUAAGAAAAGAACAAAUGAUACAAAAAUGAUUAAUUUUGAAAAUACAAGACAAAGAUUAAUGAAAGAAGUAAUUAAAUUAUAUAAAAGAGCAGAAGGAACACGAAUAAAAAAACAACUUACAAUAGCGGAAUAUUUAAAAAGAUAUGUUGAAGAAAAAGGAAUAAAUAGACCAAAAAUCAAAUAUUAUGGAACAGUUGUAGAAAAUAUUGAAAGUGAAGAAAGGAUAUAUACAGCACUUGAAGCAUGUUCUGGAAAUGGAUUAUUAUAUUGUAUUGUUGAAGAUGAUGAAACAGCUACAAAACUUAUAGAAGUACUUGAAGAAAAGAAAAUAGGAAGAAUGAGUUUUAUUCCAUUAAAUCAAAUUAAAGGAAAAGAACAAGAAGGAGAAGAAACAGAAAAAGUGAAAAGUUUAAUUAAAAAUAUUAAAUAUAAGGAAGAAGUAAGAAAAGCAAUUGAAUUUGUUUUUGGAAAUACUAUGAUUUGUAAGAAAGGAGAAGAUGCAAUAGAAUAUCAAAAAGAAUAUCAAGUAAAAUGUGUUAGUUUUGAUGGGGAUGUUUUUAAUGGAAAGGGUAUUGUUACAGGAGGGUAUAGAGGAGAAGGAAUAAUAGAAAUAAUCAGGAGUAUUGAAGAAACAAAAGAAAGGAUUAAAGAAAUAGAAAAAGAUAUUGCACGUAGUGAAGAAGAGAAGAAAGAGAUUGAAGAAGAACAAAAAGAAAUUAUGAAAGAAAUGGAAGAAAUAAGUAGUAAAAUAGCAGAGGAAGAAGUUAAAUAUGAAAAAGAAAGGAUGGAACGAAUGAUUAAAAUCAAAAAGAGUGAAAGAAUAAGAGAAAGUAUUAAGAAGAAAGAAAAAAGGAUAGAAGAAAAUGAAAAAAUAAUUUUUAGAAAUACACAAAAAUUGUUAAUACUUCAGAAUGAGAAAGAUAAUAAAAACAUAAUUGAUAGAAGUGAAAUUGAAAAAGCUAAAAAGACAUUAGAAGAAAUCCAAAAUAAAGUUAGAGAAUUAGAAAAGAAAAGAGUUGAAAUAGAAAAUAGAAGACAAGUUUUAAGAAAUGAAUAUCAAUUUGGAAUUAUGAGUAGAAUUAAUGAAAUAGAAAGAAAAAUGAGAGAAGUAGAAAGUGGAGGGGAUGAAAGUGAUAUUGAAAAAUAUAAAGAAGUAUUAAAGAAAAGUAUGGAAGAAUUACAAAGAAUUAAUGAGGAAAUAGAAAAGAAAAUUCAAGAAGAAAGAAGAUUAGAAGAACAACAAGAAGGUAUUGAAAAAGAAAAAGAAAAGAAAGAAAAAAUACAAAAUGAACGAGAGAAAAAAAUGGCAAGAUUAUUUGAAAAAAUGACAGUACUUGAAUCAAAAAGAAAAGAACUUAUUAAAAGAAGAGAAGAGAUAGGAAAAAAUUAUGAAGAAAUUAAAGGAAAUAAAGAAGAGUUAGAAGAUAUGCUUGAAGAAACAAUGAAAGAAAUUAAAAAAUAUAGACAUGUUAAUAAAAAAGCAAAAGAUCAAUAUAAAGGAUUUAUUGAACAACAAGAAGGAUUAAUUGAUAGAAAAAAAGAAAUACUUGAUACUCAAGAAACUAUUUAUUCAUUAAUAGAAAGUUUAGAUGAGAAAAAAGAAGAAGCUAUUGAACGUACAUUUAAAGGUGUUUCUAAAGGAUUUACUGAAAUAUUUAAUAAACUUGUUCCUCAAGGAAAAGGAACUCUUGUAAUGUUAAAGAAACCUUAUGAACAAGAUCAACUUACUCAAACCCCAUCAACACAAACACAAUCUGAAAAUAAAUUUCCAAUUACUUCACAGCCAAAAAAAAUUAGAACAGAAACAUAUAGUGGUAUUUCAUUAAGAGUUAUUUUUCCUGCUUUUGGUGGUGAUGCUAAGACAAUUCAACAACUCUCUGGUGGUCAAAAAACGGUUGUUGCACUUUCAUUAAUAUUUGCUAUUCAACGAUGUGAUCCAGCACCAUUUUAUUUAUUUGAUGAAAUUGACUCUAAUUUAGACACUGUCUAUAGAGAGGCUGUUUCUACAUUAAUCCAAGAACAAUCAAAAGAAGCUCAAUACAUUGUUACUACAUUUAGACCAGAGUUAAUUCUUCCAGCUAAUAAAUGGUAUGAAAUCAAACACCAAAAUAAAGUUUCUACAAUUCUUCCAAUAACUAAAGAUGAAGCACUAAAAGUUAUUAAAGAAGAAGGUGAGAAUCAAGUAAGUAAUGGUUAUACUCCUUUCCAAACUCCAAUGCAAACACCUCAACGUAUAGACUCAUCAGAGCAACUUACUCCAAAUAUUUAA